GCCGUGGGCGAUGGGCUUUCAGCCAGCAUGUGGGCCCCCAGAAUCCCCAAAGUUACAGUACGAACCCUAACUCUAGGUAAUGCAGAGGCACCACACGCCGACGAUCCGGCACCGCGCGCUCUGUUUCCGGGGAGAAGCGGCACGGGCGCGGGCGCGGGCGGCGCGAGUGUCUCCGUCACGCCCGAGCAGGCGAGCACCUCCUCCCGCCGAACGAGCUUCUCCAUCCCGAGCGCCUCCUGCUGCCCGAGCCGACUUCUAGCAACCCGAGCUCGACCUACAGCCAGGACCUCGCCGCUCCCCCCAGACCCGCCAUCGACGCUCUCUCCCCCGGUUUGUCAUGUCGUCGUUCUCCGGCGUAUCUGUCGUCACAGAAGGCAAGCACUGCACCACGUCGGUCGUCAACGCCCGCACGGAAAGCGGGUACCACCUGCUUGUGGUCAAAGACUACUCACGCACCGUGCAACAGAUACCCAAUGGUGAGAUGAUCAGCUCCGGUGCAUUCAUGGUAGGAGGCCAUCAAUGGAGCAUUAACUACAGUCCUAACGGUGUCGACCCGAGUUCUGCUGACUUCAUCUCCUUGCUUAUUUGCCUUCACGGUGACGAUGAUGAAGUGGAAGAGGUCACGGAGGCCAAGUUUGAGUUUAGCUUCAUCGACCAGGUUGAGUAUCAAAAGCCGGUGUACAUUCGUUCAACAGAAACUCGCAUCUUCUCCAGCAAAGGUGAUUUCCAUGGCUACACUCUGUUUGUGAAAAGAGACGCCCUUGAAAGGUCGGCUCAUCUAAAGGAUGAUUGUUUUACCAUCCGGUGUGACAUUAUGGUUUGCAAGGAUCCCAGCGCCGGUGAUGCCGUUGGCACCCUGUCUGAUGUACACCAGCAUUUUGACCAUCUCCUUCAAAAUAAGGUGGGUGCUGAUGUGACAUUUGAGGUCAACGGCCAGAAGUUUGCUGCACACCGUUGUGUGCUUGCAGCCCGAUCAAAAGUCUUCAUGGCACAGCUCUUUGGCCCCAUGACGGAGAGUAAUACAUCCAGUGUCAUACAUAUCAAAGACAUGGAAGCAAAAGUGUUUGCGGGUUUGCUUAAGUUCAUCUACACAGAUUCAUUCCCUGAGAUGGACAAGGACAACAACAUGGAGGAAGGAGGACAAGAUGAGGAAAAAGAGGAAGAAGUUGAGUAUGUAAUGUGGCUGCAGGACUUGUUUGUAGCGGCGGACAGAUAUGAACUCCAACGGCUCAAGCUCUUAUGUGAAGGGCACUUGGCCGAGGGUUUAUGUGUGAGCUCCGUGGCGUCCACUCUUGCUCUAGCUGAGCAGCACUACUGCCACGGGUUGAAGGAGGCAUGCUUGAAGUUUAUACAGGACCAAUCUCUCCCUUGUUUGGAAAAAGUAAUGGCAACUGAUAGCUGGGAGCUUAUAGUUACCACCUAUCCCUCUGUUUUGAAGGAGAUCAUUGCCAAGGUUGCAUCCAGUCAUAAGCACAAGAAGAGGAAGCAGUAGAGGAUGUAAUGUUGCUGCAAGUAGCACUAUUAUGCAUAUAUGGGAUGGGAUCCUCUAGGUAGAUUGUAGUUUGUGUGUCUGUGAUGCAAGACCUGGACUAACACUUUUGUUUCAUCACGUCGUUUGCCUAUAUGUUGGAUCUAUGUUGACCUAGAAAAAUUUAACAUAUUGCAAAUAUGGAGUUGGACGGUUCCCUAGCUAGACGUUUCUUUCUUGCUUUGUGCCUUCCCUGUCAUGUAAAAAAAAACCUUUUCUAGUGGUAAUCAAGAACUAUGCUGAUGUUGCAAA